AUGGCGAGGGUCCCUGAGACGUCACACUGCUCCACACUCUCCUCCUGUCCCUGCACUUUAACACACAACACACCACAGUGUGUAACAUCAACUCUGUGUGCAGGGGUCCUGUGUGCAGGGGUCCUGUGUGCAGGGGUCCUGGCAGAAAACAACUCAGCAGACUCUUUCAGUGUGAGGCUGGUGGGACCCAGUCGCUGUGAGGGGGAGGUGGAGUUUCAGAGACCAGGUCUGGACUGGACUACAGUGGAUCCAUGGUCUGUGACUCUUGGGUUUGGGGCCAGAUUGUGUUCAGCGCUCGACUGUGGCACUGUUCUGUCUGUGGAGAGAAAAACAGGUCCAGAGAGAAAAGUCCUGACUGUUUCUAACAACUGUGAAGAAACAUCUGUGAGUCGCUGCUUCAAAACUGAAACAUCUUCCUCAGACCAGAGUCUGGAGCUCAAGUGUUCAGAGUCGGUGCGGUUGGUCUCGGGGUCCGGUCUGUGUUCAGGAUCAGUGCAGAUCUGGGACGGGUCCUGGACCGGGGUCUGUGACGGGGACUUGGACCAGCGGGGGGCAGAGGUGCUGUGCAGGGAGCUGGACUGUGGGGCUCCUUCUCUCCUCCAGGGGGCGCUCUCUCCUCUGGGGCAGACGUUCCACUGUGAGGGCCAUGAGUCUGCUCUGAUGGACUGUCCCCGCUCCAACUCAAGCACCUGCUCCUCUGGAGCCACUGUCAACCUCACCUGCUCAGAGCCGCUCAGGUUGGUGGGAGGAGCCAGUCGUUGUGCUGGAACUGUGGAGAUGAGAGUCAGAGGAGAGUGGAGACGAGUGUUUGAGUCCUAUGGACCCUAUGAGAAGGAGGCUGCAGUUGGUGUGUGUAGAGACCUGGACUGUGGCUCUGCUGUUUAUGGAGAAUCGAGAGAUGAUUUUCCAGAGGGUCCUGUGUGGAGGGUCUCAUCUGACUGUGUGAAUAGGAAGUCUUCAGUGAGAGGAUGUGUCUCUGCUGUAUCUUCUUCCUCUGAGGGUCUGGACGUGGUGUGUUCAGACUCGGUGCGGUUGGUCUCGGGGUCCGGUCUGUGUUCAGGAUCAGUGCAGAUCUGGGACGGGUCCUGGACCGGGGUCUGUGACGGGGACUUGGACCAGCGGGGGGCAGAGGUGCUGUGCAGGGAGCUGGACUGUGGGGCUCCUUCUCUCCUCCAGGGGGCGCUCUCUCCUCUGGGGCAGACGUUCCACUGUGAGGGACAUGAGUCUGCUCUGAUGGACUGUCCCCGCUCCAACUCAAGGACCUGCUCCUCUGGAGCCACUGUCAACCUCACCUGCUCAGAGCCGCUCAGGUUGGUGGGAGGAGCCAGUCGUUGUGCUGGGACUGUGGAGGUGAGAGUCAGAGGAGAGUGGAGACGAGUGGAUGAGGCCUAUGGCGUCUGGGACCCACAGGACACAGCUGUUGUGUGUAGAGACCUGAACUGUGGCUCUGCUGUUUAUGGAGAAGAGAGAAGUGAUUUUCCAGAGGGUCCUGUGUGGACGGUCUCACCUGACUGUGUGUUCAAGUCUUCAGUGAGAGGAUGUGUCUCUGGUUCAGACUUCUCCUCUAAGGGUGUGGAGGUGAAGUGUUCAGUUGCUCCGGACGAGUGUCAGGUGUAA